AUGGUGGGAGUAGGCGUGGCGGAGGGGGGCGGCGGCGGCCCCGACGGCUACUACGGCGAGUACUACCCCCCCGAGACGUACUUCGUGCCGCAGGACCUGUGCCCGCACCCCCAGCAGCAUCCGCAGCACGCUCAUAUGUGCACCGUGCACGCUGAAUACGGCGGUAUGCCGGUGGUGCCCUCAACGCCGAUGAUGCCGCAGCUGAUGCCGCAGGUGAUGGACGAGAGCAUGCGGCACUUUCUGGUGGCGCACCCGCACGCGCAACCGCACCCGCACCACGCGCCGCACCACCAGCCGCACCAUCAACCGCCGCACCACCAACCCCCGCCGCAUCAUCAACCGCCACACCAUUAUGGUCCAACCAAUGGUGCGGGAGGACCGCAACAUUUCUAUGGGGCCGGAUAUCCCUCGCACUACCACCAUGUGCCACCCCAUCACAUGCAGCAUUCCCCACCUCCGCCUGUCUACCAGAAGGACGAACGGACUCAACGACAGUACUCAAAGCUCAAACAAAAGUUGGAGCGCAAACAAACUAAUAGGAAUAAUGGUAUAGAAGUAAAUUCGGGUGCGAGCACACCAUCGCUGUCGCCGCGUAAGGAGCUGAACGGUCGCGGCGGCGGCAGCGGGGGCGCGUCGUCGGGCGCCUGGUCGGAGGGCGAGGGCUCGUCGGCGGGCGCCAGCGUACAAGGCGACGACGACAACGACACGCAGGCGGUGCUCGACCUGCUGUCUGCGACGCGGACGCCUCAAGUUAGCGACAUUACUUCAACCAGCGCAUUAGUACAAUGGAACUCUCCGUUGCCGGAGGGCGUCACCCUUCCUAACGUAGACUUAACCUACGACUUGCUGCUCGGCGAUAGAGACGUGAAACGGUACAAAGCUAUCUACAGCGGACCUUCACUAUCAUGUCGAGUCACCGACCUCAGGCCCGGCUGCGAGUACUCCGUGUGCCUGCAGAUCCGAGCGGGCGAGCUCACGGGCGCGGCCAGCGAGGCGGCCACCUUCCGCGCGCCCGCCGCGCCGCCCGAGCGCAUGGCCGCGCCGCGCGUCACCGCCCGCGCGCGCACCACGCUGCAGCUGCGCUGGACCCCGCCCGCCGACAACGGCGCGCGCCUCACGCACUACCUGCUGCACGUGGACGCCGGCGCCGGCUACGCCGAGCUCGCCCGCCCGCGCGCGCGCCAGCACUCCGCCGGCAACCUGCGCCCGCAGACGCAGUACCGCUUCCGCAUCGCCGCCGUCAACGACGUCGGCGCCGGCGACUGGAGCGACGACGCCGUCGCCUGGACCGCCGGCUCGCCGCCGCCCGCGCCCGCCCCGCCCGCGCUGCGCGCCGCCGCCGCCGACUCGCUCGCGCUCGCCUGGGAGCGCCGCGCCGACGAGGAGUUCACGCUGCAGAUGGACGACGCGGCGCGCGGCCACGGCUUCCUGCCCGUGUACAGCGGGCCCGAGCGCGCGCACGUGUGCGCCGGCCUGCGCCGCGCCACCGACUACCGCUUUCGCCUGCGCUGCGAGACCGCCGACGGCCAGGGGCCCUGGUCCGGCGAGGUCGCCUACCGCACGCUGCCCGAGCGGCCCGGCCCGCCCGGCCGGCCCUCGGCGCGCGGCAAGAUCCACUCGCGCGCCUUCCGCCUGCGCUGGGACCCGCCCGCCGACGACGGCGGCGCGCCCGUCGCCAGCUACACGCUCGAGCUGGACGCCGGCGAGGGCUACCGCGCCGCCUACCAGGGGCCCGAGCGCGAGGCGCACUGCGAGCGCCUGCAGCCCGGCACGCCCUACCGCGCGCGCGUGCGCUGCGCCAACGAGGCCGGCGACAGCGACUGGUCCGCGCCCGAGACCGUCACCACCGAGGCGACCGGCCCCGGCGCGUGCUCGGCGCCGGAGCCGGCGGCGCCGCCCCGCGCCACGCUGGUCGCGCUGCGCUGGCGCGCCCCCGAGUGCGUCGGCGGCGCGCCCGUCGUCGAGUACCGCGUCGAGGUGGCCGACGGCGACGGCUCCGUGAGGGUGGCGCACGCCGGGCUCGCGCUGGAGUGCGUCGUGCGCGAGCUCAGCCCCGGCCAGCCGUACCGCGUGUGGGUCACCGCCUGCAACCGCGUCGGCGCCGGCCCGCCCUCGCCCGUGUUCGCCUUCACGACCGCGCCCGCGCCGCCGGACGCGCCCGAGACCCCCACCGUCACCGUCGAGACGCCGCGCUCGGCGCGCGUCGAGUGGAUCGCGCCGCGCAACAACGGCGCGCCCGUGCUCGACUACCGGCUCGAGAUGAGCGCCUCCAACGCGGACGACGCGUUCGCCGAGGUGUACCGCGGGCUCGAGACCACCUGCGUCGUGUCGAAGCUGACGCCGUUCUCGCCGUACUUCUUCCGGGUGUCGGCGACCAACUCGGCGGGUCGCGGCGCGCGCUCCGGCGUGCGCGACGUGCUGAUGCCGCGCGCGCCGCCCGGCGCGCCGACGGGGCUGCGGCACGAGGCCACGGCGGACUCGCUGCGGCUGAGCUGGCGCGCGCCGGCGGCGCACGGGGCCGACGUCCUGCGCUACCGCGUGGAGGUGGGCGACGCGGCGUUCGACACGGAGGACGCGGCGCCGGAGCGGCUGGUGGAGGGGCUGCGGCCGGACACGGCGUACCGCGUGCGCGUGGCGGCGCUGAGCGAGCUGGGCGCGGGCGAGUGGUCGGAGGAGGCGCGCGCGAGCACGCGGCCGCCGCCGCCCGCGCCGCCGCGCCUCAGGGCCGCGCAGGUGGCGCACAACUUCCUGCGGCUGGAGUGGGAGGGCGCCGGCGAGGGCGCGCAGUACUGCGUGGAGAUGCGCGGCGCGGACGGGCGCGAGUUCCGCGCCGUGUACCGCGGCUCGGCGCGCUCGUGCAAGGUGAAGAAGCUGCGCGAGGCGAGCGCGUACGCGUUCCGCAUCCGCGGCGGGCGCGGCGCGUGGGGCCCGGCGCUGGCGCUGCGCACGGCCGCCGCGCCGCCGCCGCCGCCGCGCACGCCGGCGCUGACGCAGCCGUCGCCGCGCGUGGCCGUGGUCGCGUGGGACGCGCUCGAGGACGCCGAGUACGUGCUGCAGUGCGCCCGCGGCAAGGAUGCCGUCUUCAAACAGGUGUACGCGGGCAGCGAGCCGCAGUUCCAGCUGGAGGAGCUGGAGGCGGGCGCGGAGUACCUGGUGCGCGUGCAGGCGGUGCGCGGCGGGCUGGGCUCGGCGUGGUCGGGCGCGGCGCGGCUGGCGGUGGCGGCGCCGGCGCCGGCGCGGCGGCGGCCGGCGCCGGCGCGCGCGCUGGGGGCGCGGCAGGCGGCGCUGCUGCUGGCGGCCGGCUUCCUGCUGCUGGCCGUGCUGGUGGCCGUGCUGCUGCAGCGCCUGGUGGAGCCGCGGCCGUGACGCGCGCUCGCGGCGGCCCGCCCGCGCGCGCUGGCCCGCCUGUGAACGACUGUCGUGUACAUGUUCUGUAGAUAAUCGCGGCCCGCCGAACGCUCGCGACCGUCGGCGACGAUGGCCGCUGUGAAUAUAGCUUCACAUGUGUAAAAUGUUUUAUGCGUAAAUGUGAAGUUGCCAUUUCUGAAUAUGUAUCUUGCUGGGGUCUCGCGCUCUUCCGCGAAGCCCGUGUGUGUCUUUUGUCUUUCACAAAUCUUCACGAUCUAGUCUACGCUUGUGACUUGUUGUUUCGUUUCCUGUUCCGGCACGUCGGUUGAUAUUUAUUAAUAUAUUCUAUGUGUGUAUCGAUCGUGUUGUUGAUUGUUCUAGAGGUGAUACGAUGCGUACUUCCGAUAUUUUAUUAGUCUUCUCGACUGUAUGUUUUCCGUAUAUUUGAUACAUCUUUAUAGAAACGGUCUGUUGCGAGUUUUUAUCAGUUUUUAAUUGUAAGAAGUUAGUAAACAACUAAGGUGCUCUAUGAUUAAAGUUUUGUUAAGAGGGACGUGGCCCCUCCGUCUGCAACGAGUUUCCAGUGUGUGUGCUGUGAUCACUUCCUUAUGCGAAUGAGACUGAUUUUACAAGUAACGCUUUGUUUAUAGAAAUGUUUCAAAUGCUUUCGUAACACUUUUUGACGACGGCGCGGCCCGCCGCUGUACAGCUACAUAAUCCCACUUUAUAUACUCCGAAUGCUUAUUUGAUAAAUGAUAAUAUCGAUGUACCUAAUCAUAUUGUAACGUCGGUAGUAAUUAAUUUGUUUUAAUUCAUAGAACAUGACCUUUUAUUGAUGACAUUAUGUAAUGCGUAGGUAAUUUGUUUAUAAAUUUAGAGAUUACGAAUUAUUGAGAUUGUUACCACCCGGUAAAUAAAUAAGGAAUUGUCAAAUUCGACCUAAUUUAUAAGGCAUUAUGUCCCAAAUGUACGUUUCAAAGAAAUAUAAUUAAUUAUAUAAAUCCCUUAUUGAUGUUUGUUAAUUUAAUAGCAUUAUUAGGAAAAUGUUAACUGAUUUCCAUAUUAUACAUAAUUAUUCUAAAUGAAUUUUGUUCUAGAUAAGCAAAAUGUCUUUAUUGUGUAUCUUUUAUUGGAAGGUUAGAGUAAAUUAUAAUGCCGUUAUAAGAGAUUUCCAUUAUACAUUGGUGUUUAUAUAUCACUAUAUAAUAAUACUAUUCACGAUUAAGCGUUUCUGAACUAUCGGUGGUAAUGCGGUUAUUAUAAUGUUCGAUAUAGUCAAUGUCACGUAGGCCUCACCGUAUCGAUGUGUUGUCGAGCCCUAACUAGGUACUAAUUGCAAUUAUUCUUUGUAAUCGAGAUUACCGUGACACACCAAUAGGUUUAAUACUUCGUAAAUAUAUAAUAUUUACUUCUCCUGUGAUCAGCUUAUUCUAUUCUUUGUAUAUCUUUAUUGUUGUUAUCCGAACAUUCCUAGGGUACUGUUAUUUUCCGAUUUCAAUAAACUUGUUUCAAUUGUUAUUUCUAUGUAAACGAGAAAUUCACUUGGUGCCUAAUUUCAUAAUGGCAUAAUGAAAUCGUAAGCGCAGCUUACAAUGUUAUAAAGAAUUAUUUAAUUUUUGAAAAUUUUAUAAUAAUGAUGAUGUGCAAUUAUUUUAACAAUUUAUUUAUUCUUUAUCGCUUAAUAUAAUAUUUAUUUUUUAGAAAGUAUAUCGAGAUUUCUAUAGCGUCACUACAAUAAAGGAAUCCAAUGUUCCUAAAUUUUAAUGAUUUUUACAUACUGUACAAUACACCAAUUGCAAGCUAAAUUGUGUACUACAGUCAAGCAUUCCAACUUUAUUCCACUUGUAAAUAGGCCUAACGAAUUUUACUACUUUUGAAUGUACAUCUUGCUUUAAUAAUGAAAUUGUAAAUAAAUCUGACGUUGAUGAGCUUCGUGUAAGAGGCGUGUUUAGAUACUGAACAUUUGCCAAUGGAAAUUACUAUUCUGUGUUGAGACUAAAACGUUUUUCAAUUAAUGAGAUAUAUGAUUAACGGGGAUAACAUCUCAUAUUGUAUUUGUG